GGUUAAACGGGCCUGGAGACUGGGGCGGCCUGGUGCUGUGGCUUGAGGUCUCCGACUCGGUGGCUGCAGCUCCGCGACGGUGGUGCGACGUUCAGGUGUCCUGCGUGAGUCCGGCCAUGCCGACUCGGGCGGAGGACUACGAGGUGCUGUACACCAUUGGCACGGGCUCCUACGGCCGCUGCCAGAAGAUCCGGAGGAAGAGAGACGGCAAGAUAUUAGUUUGGAAGGAACUGGACUAUGGCUCCAUGACAGAAGCUGAGAAACACAUGCUUGUUUCUGAAGUGAAUUUACUUCGUGAGCUGAAGCAUCCAAAUAUUGUCCGAUACUAUGACAGAAUUAUUGACCGAACCACCACAACACUGUACAUUGUAAUGGAAUAUUGCGAAGGAGGGGACCUGGCUAGUGCAAUUGCAAAGGGGACCAAGGAAAGACAAUACUUGGAUGAAGAGUUUGUUCUUCGAGUGAUGACUCAGUUGACUCUGGCCCUAAAGGAAUGUCACAGACGAAGUGGUGGUGGUCAUACUGUGCUGCAUCGGGAUCUGAAACCAGCCAAUGUUUUCCUGGAUGGCAAGCAAAACGUUAAGCUUGGAGACUUUGGGUUAGCUAGGAUAUUAAACCACGAUACGAGUUUUGCAAAAACAUUUGUUGGCACACCUUAUUAUAUGUCUCCUGAACAAGUGAAUCAUAUGUCCUACAAUGAGAAGUCAGAUAUCUGGUCACUAGGUUGUUUGCUGUAUGAAUUGUGUGCAUUAAUGCCUCCAUUUACAGCUUUCAACCAGAAAGAACUAGCUGGGAAGAUCAGAGAAGGCAAAUUCAGGCGAAUUCCAUAUCGUUACUCUAAUGAAUUAAAUGACAUUAUUACAAGGAUGUUAAAUUUAAAGGAUUACCAUCGACCUUCUGUUGAAGAAAUUCUUGAGAAUCCUUUGAUAGCAGACUUGGUUGCAGAAGAGCAAAGGAGAAAUCCUGAGAGAAGAGGGUGGCGAUUAGGAGAACCAGGAAAGUUGCAGGACUCCAACCCUGUAUGGAGUGAGCUGAAACUGAAGGAAAUACGGUUACAGGAGCGGGAGCAAGCCCUCAGAGCAAGGGAAGAAAGCCUGGAGCAGAAGGAACGUGAGCUUUGUGUUCGUGAGAGACUGGCAGAGAGCAAGCUGGCCAGAGCAGAAAGUCUGUUGAAGAAUUACAGCCUGAUGAAGGACCAGAAGUUCCUGUCUCUGGCGGGUGGUCCAGAACUUUUUGAUCUUACAUCCUCGAUAAUGAAGAAGAAAGUUCAUUUCCGUGGGGAGAGUAAGGAGAAUGUCAUGAGGAGUGAGAAUUCUGAGAAUCAGCUCACCUUCAAAUCCAAGUACAAGGACCUGAAAAAAAGGCUUCAUGCUGCUCAGCUUCACGCUCAAGCCCUGUUAGACAUUGAAAACACUUACCAACUGAAAAGCAGACAGAUCCUGGGCAUGCGCUAGCCUGACCCAGAGACACAGACCUGUGUACCACUGUAAUGUUGCCAGCCCUUUCGAGAUGGGUAUUCCACUGCUGUAGCCUGUAUACUUGGUACCGCGAGCCGUGCCUUUUCUAUAGUAAGCAGGGUGGUUUGGUAUUACUCUUGCUGUUCUUCAGCAAGAAUUGUACCAAUGGGGCUUCCCUGGUGGCGCAGUGAUUGAGGGUCAGGAUGCAGGGGACGCGGGUUCAUGAAGAUCCCACAUGCCUUGGAGCGGCUGGGCCCAUGAGCCAUGGCGACUGAGCCUGCGUGUCCGGAGCCUGUGCUCCACAAUGGGAGAGGCCCGCGUACCACAAAAAAAAAAAAAAAAAAAAAAAAAAAAAGAAUUGUACCAAUGUCCACCCGUUUCAUUUUUCUUUCUUUUGUAAAGAAGGCUUCAUAGGAAGAAUAACACUUUCUUGGCCGGUUGGGUUUUUAAUCCUGUGUGUGAUUACUACUGGAACGUGAAAUGUUAUAUUCUAUAUGUUGGGGUGGGGAAAUAAUAUUAGAAAAAGAUAUUUACCCAGGAGCAGCACUUACUGAGAAGUUUUAAGGGACUGAAGUGGUGUGCUUACAAUUGUCACGUCUAGAGUUAAAAUUUAAGUCUGAGGUUUUAAAUGUUCUUGAGCUUAGAGAAAACCUAAUUGGAUAUAGAUUGGUCACUAAUACCUUGACAUCUUGCUUGUAAAUAUCCCCUUGCUCUGUAGUUUAAAUCUGUCACCUUUUGUGAAAAUCCAUCACUAUGGCGUCUCUACUCUUUUUCUUCCCCUUUUUAUUCUAUUUAACAGUAUGUGAGCUGUCUGUCAUUUGCCCACUCUUUUUUCACUAAAUAAAAGAAUUCUUUAGUU